CGAUGCGGCUCAGGUUUCAGUUGCCGAUCGCCGUCAGUCGCACUGGAAGUACAAGCUUCGUAGCUCCGCGUAAAAAAGUCAACCAGCAACUCAAAUUGACGACAAUUGCUGUGGAAAUUGAAACAAGUCAAAGUGCUAGCAGCAAAAUGAAGCUCACCUCUGGAUUGUUUUUGAUCUGCGCCGCCCUGCUGGGAUUCUCGACAGCCACUGAGGUCAGGCCCUGCCCAAAUGCCAAGUCCAAGGCCCUGAGCUCCAGUGAGGUGUCCAUCUCGAAUUGCCCCAAGAAUCGCUGCAUACUGAAGCGCAACACGGAGGCCAGCAUCAUGAUGAAGAUCCGACCGGAGCGCGACUUCCAGGAGCUCACCUCGGACAUACAGGGCAUCAUUUUGGAUGUGCCACUGCCCUUCCCCGGCUACUACGGCACCAGUGCCUGUCCGCAUAUCUACGACGAGGCUGGCGAGAAGAAGGUGGGCUGCCCCCUGAAGGCCGGAGAGACCUACACUUACAAGAACAGCUUCAAAAUACUGCCUGUUUAUCCCACCGUCAGCCUAGAGAUUCACUGGGGGCUGGGCGACAAGCAGGGCGAUGCGGCCUGCUUCCAAGUGCCCGCCAAGAUCAAAGCCUAAGCCAAAGCGAGUGCGAUGUUAGCGUUUAUUAAGGUUGAAUCUCUUAAAAUCGUAUCUGCAUAUCAUAGUUUAGGGAUUAAGUACGGUUAAGUGAAUGUGAAAGCAAAGUUCUUCGAUAUGGCAAUGGCAUCCACUUCAUUUUCCAAUAUUGCGGCAUCCAGCCAGUGACGCAAUAUUGUGUGCCUAAAGAAGAGGACCCCUGAUAACGUAUGUAUGUAUGUAUGUAAUAAUAAAAACAAACAACAAGUA